UUAAUUGUAUUUUAUCUUGUAUCUUCUACUUUUAAAGAUCAGCUGUUCAACUCAGUUUGUGAACCAUUUUUGAUUAACUGUAUUUUCCUGCUAAAUCGUUUUCCUCCUUGUUUUUAAUCAUCUCUGCCCUUUCCUCUUCAUUUAAUUUUUUAUAUUAAUAUAAAGAUCAACAAAUCAAUUGUGUUUCAAGAUUUGGACUCGAAUUUCAAAUGAAUUCAUAUACAGUUUAAAAUUGUUUCACAACUCAGUUCAGCUGUGAUUCAUCCAAUUUUUAAUGGAGAUUUCAGCUGAAAAGAGAAGGAUAAUCUUAUCAAUCAAUGAUAUGGAAAACUGAUUAUGAUACAUUGUUACGAAAAAAUUCUGGCUGUUAAUCGUUUGAAUAACUCAUUUAUUUCCUGACCUUUUGUUUUUUGAUUUAAGUGUGCCUAUCUAUGGUUAGUGAGAUAGGAUACCUAGUGAAUAACAAAUGGAGCAAACAUCUCGGGAAAUUGAUGUGAACAAUGAGAGUAAAGAAAACCAAGAAAGUGAUGAACUACCUGCCACAAACAACGAAUUAUUUAAAUUCCUGAAAUUUCCUGCAAUAAAACCUGAUUCACCUAUUCCAAUCCAGCCUUUCCUCGAUGCCUGUCGAAGCUUAAUCGAUUUUGUAACCAUUUUAGGACCAGUAUUUAUUCCAGUUAGAUCAGACAUUGGAGGAAAUGUUGACAAAUUGACCAAAAUUUUAAACACCGAUCCAUCAAGGUUUACUACUCUCAAUUCAAUCAUCGAAUCAGAAAUCGGUUUGUCCAGUGUUAAACAAAUCGGAACUGAUGCACUCUUAUGGCUAACUCGAGCCUUGCAAUACAUGAAUAUGUUUCUAUCUCUAUUGGUCGAUGAUUACAGUAGUGAUCACAAUGGUGAACUAUCAAAUGAUUUAACCAAACAUUUUACUCUCGCAUACGAUUCCACCUUGAGGAAACAUCACAAUUGGAUUGUUCAGAAUGUGGUUCAUCUCAGCCUCAAAGCAGCACCAUCUCGAAACACCAUUAUUAAUCUUCUUUCGCCUGAAAUCAAUUCGUCUGCUGGUAUAGACAAAGAGAAAGAAAAAUGCCUUUAUCAGGAAAUGAACGAUUACAGAGAACUAGUUGAAAUAAAUAUUAACUCUAUCCAUCAACUAUACGAUAGGUUAAGCAUUGAAUAUUGAAUAAUUCCUGAUCAUGUUUACUAGGAACGUCAAAAUUUUAAUUAAUACACUUCUUUUUCGUGUAUACAUCCCAUGUAUGAAAUUUUAAUUAUACACUGUCUUAUUUUUGUUUUGGAUUAAAUGUCCCUUAAUUUGAAGA